CGCACCCGCCGAGACCGAGUCACUGCGAUUAAGCAGUUCUAAUCGAAGCACUUCGAUCUUCCAAGUUGACAACAUCCAUUUAACGAAACCAAUGCGCCGAUAACGCUUCGUGAUCCUCAUCACCAUAUCCGAUCUCACCCUAUCUACAUAAUCAUAAUCAACCAAAACAAUGGCGCGAAUACACACCCUCACCAUCCUCCUCCUCUCCCUCCUCUCCCUCGUCAGCGCUUCCGCCCCAACCUUCUGCAAAUGCACCUGCUUCUCCAACAGCACCAUAAUCCGUCUCGGCCCACAACCCGACGACCCAGCUUCCGGUGCCCCCAACAACCCUCAACAACCACCACCACCACCGCCGACAAAACCAACCGCAACCGCAUCCCCCAACAACAGCCCACGCUCCCCGAACCCAAACCAUAGCAACCCCCAUCUUUUUGGUCUAUCCAAACGCGCAGCCUCCUCCUCGUGCACCCAAUGCAACCGCGCCUUCUGCCUACAAUACAACCUCCCCAUCUGCAAAGACGCCGAAGAAAAGGACGUGACGACGACGUGCUUCCAGCGAGAUAGCAGGAAGGACGAGAUCAUUGUCUGGGGGUUUAUCUUGGGCACGGCGGGAUUGUUGGGGUGGGCGGGGGUGAGGAGGGUUUGGGAGAAGGGGCAGGGGCAGGUUGCUGGGAUUGGAGGAGGACGUGGUGGGUUUAUGGGUGGUGGUAUGGGAAGUGGUGUUGGGGGGAGUGGUAGGGCUGCUGGAGGGGGAGGGAGUGCUGGUGGUGGUGGUUUGGGCUUGGGAAGAAUGGGAGGGGGGUUGUUUAGGAGGGUUUUUGCUGGGGGAGUAGGGUCAGGGCAAGGGGGAGGAAGAGGAGGAGGAGGAGGAGGUGGUGGUGCUGGACAGGGGGCUUAUAGUCCCCUUGGGGGUGAAGGACAUUGAGUUUGAUGGAAGUUCCAAGUUGAGAGAGAAUGAAAUUUUAUGUCUGUCCUUGGUUUGUGCUGGGCAUUAUAGGUUAUGACUCAGGGUCUGACGAUGUGCUCCGAACGUGUGUGUGUAAGUUGGUUCAUGAAGUGCGUUACCUACCGGAGCGCAAUCAACUGAGGGAUGAUGUACCAUCAUCAUGGCUUUGGGUUCAUCGGAGAUCUGUCUGAGCCGGUUACGGCGUGCCUGUUGGAUUAUAU